AUGGGCCCCUGUACCGCCUCCUCAUGCUGCUGCCAGGCCCGUAAUCUGCCAUGGGCCCCCGUACCGCCUCCUCAUGCUGCUGCCAGGCCCGUAAUCUGCCAUGGGCCCCUGUACCGCCUCCUCAUGCUGCUGCCAGGUCCAGAGUGUGUCAUGGGUCCCUGUACGGCCUCCCAUUGCUGCUGUCUCCAUCGCCACACUCUGCCAUGUGCCACUUUCAGGUCUCCUCACACUGCUGGUGGGUUCCAUUUUUGUCAUAGGGUGCUGUAUGGCCUCCCAUUGCUGCUGCCUCCACCGCCACACUGUGGCUCCACACUCUGGGUUUUGGCCCCGUGACUGCCCAAAAAUGAGUGAAGUGUGCGGUGAUUCUAAGAUCGACGGCACUCAUCUGCAUGUCAUACUGACUGACAGUAUAUUUCUCUUCCCCAGCAGACUCCAAGUGCAUUUAAAUUAAAGGUACAAUGUUCUGCACUAAUAUAA